GGCCAGCUUCCCCGCCCCCACCCCGGCUGCCGCUUCCGCCUCCGCUGUCCCGCUCAAAAGAGGUGGAGCCAACCCUCGCGAGCACUGGAGCGAACCGGCAUCCGGGACCCCUUUCUUCCUCUGCGGGGCACGCUGGGGCAUGUAGUUCUUCACCGGCGGGAGGCGCCCUGGCGGUCGGGAAAGCUGGUCUCGGAGAACUACAGUACCCUGGGGGCGACCUCGCCCGCCCCUUCGCAGUGCAUUCUGGGGAGGGUGGUUUGCAGUGUCGCUGAGGCUCUCUGUGGACGGACGUCUCUCCCGAGAAACUACCACCCUGGAAGGAAGCGUCCGUUUAGUUUCAUCAGGCCGAGACUGGGGAAGAGACUGUUUAAUGGACUCUUCGCAACCGUAGUUCUCUGGAGGGGCCUCGCUGCUGCCAGGCUGCUUUUCCUGAACGCACUGCAAGCACAUGGAGGUAGUCGGAGGCCCCUAGAAAUGGAUAAAUUCGUCAUUCGAACGCCUAGACUCCAGAGUAGUCCUCAGAAGAAAGGUCCUGGAGGGAAGAUUUACAAGCAGGCCACAAUCGAAUCUCUGAAGAGAGUUGUGGUUGUAGAAGACAUAAAAAGAUGGAAAACUAUGUUGGAGCUUCCUAAUCAAACCAAAGAGAAUCUAGUUGAAACCUUACGAGAAUUAAAGAAGAAAAUACCCUCCAAGGAAGUGUUAAAAUCAACAAGGAUAGGUCACACGGUGAAUAAGAUGCGUCAACACUCAGAUUCAGAAGUGGCUUGUCUUGCCAAAGAAGUUUACACUGAGUGGAGAACUUUCAUUGAGAAACAUGCAGAUAGACCUUCUAUUGAAGUCCGAAGUGAUUCCAAAACCGAGGCACUUAGGAAAAACGCCCAGAAAUUACUCUCAGAAGCGUUGGAAUUAGAGAUGGAUCACCUACUGGUUGAAAAUAUUGAGCGGGAAACGUUUCAUCUCUGCUCCCGCCUCAUUAAUGGGCCCUACCGGCGGACGGUGAGAGCCCUGGUCUUCACAUUAAAGCACCGAGCUGAAAUCCGGGCUCAGGUGAAGAACGGCUCGCUGCCAGUCGGCACGUUUGUACAGACCCACAAAAAAUGACCUGAGGACGGUUCUAACCCUGGGCUGGGCAGAAAAGAAAAUGUGUCCCUUUCUGCCAUUCAAAGACUCUUUUGAGUUUGGAUGAUGGCUGAUGCUGGCUGCGCUAAAUUUUCCCAUGGUGCCAUUCCUUCAGACAGAGGCUGCAGGGAGCCCUGGGAGACAGGCUGCAGGAAAUGCUUCAUUAGCUGUAGUGCGCUGGUGCAGCCUAACAGGACGUGCACAGGCUGUCCCUAGGAAGCGCUGUAUGGUUGCCAUCACCCAACACAGCAAAGGGUGACGGAUUUUGGAUUUCGCUGUGAGUAUGCCAAGGACACCUCUAAACUUCCCCCACGUCAGGCAGAUGAAGUUACUACUUUAUUUCGCCACCCUGCAGGUAACUGAAACUCAAUUACUGCUGCCGCUCGCACAGUUCCAUCCCCCUGAGUUUAGAUGGCUCUGGUGCCUCUCAGAACUCCCCUGUCUGUUCUCUUUGCUCUGCCCCAGGGGUGAGCCUGCCCGAGCCAGCCAACUACCCCUUCUUUCCAGAACUCACUUAUCUGAAUGCGUCAGCUCCCCCUGGAAGACCUUCUGUGUUGGUCUCCGGAGCCCCCAUGCUGAGGCUCCUAAUGAAGAACUGGCCUGCAGCAUCCCCACACUCGGGCUUAUUUGAAUAUGUGACACUCUCAUUUUAAGGUUCUGUAGAAGAUACAUAAUGAAAUUCCUCUUGAAAUGAAUUACUGUAGUGAAAAAAUUCCAUACAUAUAUUUUUAAAAUAAAAUACCUCUACAUAAGCCUAUUGGAACAAUUAUGUAAAUGAUAUUUGCUUUUUUUAUAAGUAAUAAUAAACUGGGGCUUUCCCCCCGCCUAAAAAAAAA